UGCUGGUGUUUUCUGCAGGUACUGCAGGGACCGCUGGGUGAUCAAUACCGCACCAUGCAGGAGUUGGUGGAUCGAAAAGCCCAGCAUGUAGUGGGGGCCCGAAAGAAAGCAGAGCACCUGCGAGAUGAGGCCAAAGGACUUCUGCGCGAUGCUCACGAAAAACUACGCCGGCUGAGCAAGCUGGAAGAAACCUAUGAAGAGAAUGAGAGGCUGCUACAAGUGAAGGCAGCCCAGCUGGAUGGGCUGGAAGCCAAGAUGAGAAGCAUCUUAAAAGACAUCAAUGAGCAAAUCCAAAUUUACAACACUUGCCAAUGAUUCCCCCAUCGUGUACUCCUACUUAUUUCCCCUGUCCGUGUGCUUAAAGCAGCACCGCUUUUCGGCUUAGCAUGGCCCAGCUCCAACUACUACACGGAGCACUGAUUCUUACAGCCAUUCCUUCUCAGCAUCUCUUUGAUAUACAGUAUCAGCAUCACCCUGCUCACCACCUCCAAUGUAUCUCAAAACACAACACUGCCCCGUGACUUCCUUUUGAGACUGCUAACUUCCUGCCCUGGGAAAGUCAGUCUGGCAGUACUUAAAAGCUUUUCGGUUGUUGUUUUUUUAUGCUAUUCUUAUUUUCAGUGUUUCACACAUGGUAAUGUAGGGCUCUCCUUUCAAAGCUUGCAGGCUAAAACAAAGAAAGAUGGUCUAAGAAUGGAUCGGAUAAGGUAGUUAACACUGGUGUUUAAGUUUCACAUGACCUGUCCCAACCGGAGUGGCUUACAUUUGUGGGAAAAUAAAGACCCAAAGUGGCUGUGCUUUUUGCAACAUUA